AUGUUCCCAUGGGUCACUCUCCUGAUCAACCCUUCUUCCAUGAACUGUAGGGCCCCAUAAUACCAAAAACUACAGUACUAAUCACUGCAAAUUCCCUCCCUGAAGACAAGUCCAUGUGAUCCUUCGGAUCAAUACGUCUCUCACCGAAGUAAACCUGACCCUGGAAUGCCUCUCCGCCACUCGCUCUGCAAUAUCCCGAAACAUUCACCAAACUCCUCCCUUUAUAAAUGUCCUCCCUCAGAAUGCCAUCUUCAACCACAGCAAAGCCUCAUACACACUUCAUUUACGAACUUUACUUUCUUCUCUCAUAAAAAGAAAUCCUGCCUUCAGGCUUCAGCAUGGCCAUUCGUGUUCCCGGAAUUCUCCGCCGAGGUAAAGGGUCAGCAUUGGUGUCCUCUGACGUCCCCAAAGGCCAUUUUGCAGUCUAUGUCGGGGAGAAGCAGAUGAAGAGAUACGUAGUGCCGAUAUCGUUCUUGGAUCAGCCUUUGUUCCUGGAAUUGUUGAGCAAGGCCGAGGAAGAGUUUGGGUUUAAUCACCCCAUGGGCGGUCUGACCAUUCCUUGCAGAGAGGACACGUUCAUUGCUGUAGCAACUCGUUUGAGAAACUUGUAAAACAAAAUAAACGAGACCCAUGACUAACAGCUCUUUAGGAUGGUUUCCAUGCCAUUUUGCGCAUUCUGAUGAGUAGAACUGUAGGAUAGCUCAGCACUCACUGGAUUUUAUAGUGAGCAUUGUUUAGUGGCGAAUUUUCCACUUCAUGUUAUGAUCCGGAACUUUCUUUGUUUUUGCAUUUUCCAAAUGCGAUGAAUGAAGCGCUGAUCAGCUAGCAAAUUCUGGA